UGUAGACUACUUUUCGAUGUACAGUCACUCAAAGCGGUCAACUUUCAGGCGUUGUUGCAGUUUGUUUUACCUCUCGGAAAAGCCUCUGGGUUCCCGCAAGCUAACUUGAGGAAAGUUUUGUUCGGAUAUCGGGGCCAUUAUGUCGGUAAACUGUCAAACAGCCAUCCAGGGACCGGGGCAGCGUGGUGACUUCAGGAGUUAGUUUGCCUGCUGCACCACCUGGAAAGGGUGGCAGCUGCCGUGGCUGCUGGGAUGCUAAGGAAGAGCAGCAGCCACAGUGGUGGUGUCGAUGGUGGUGGUGGUGGGACGAAGUAUACCCAGAGUGUCCCUCGAUACCUCUCCAAGCCCCAUACAGGGUCUUUGUCGGCUGGAUCCACCAAGCCCUGGGACAUUGGACGCAGCUCCAAAAGCCAAAAUCCUCUGAGCAGCAUGGGGCUGACGUCACACCCAGUGGGGGCCCCAGGAGUUGACCCAGAGUAUGUGAUGCAGCUGGUGAAUGAUGUACGGUGGUUCGCUGAUGUGUUGCUCAACCUCAAGGAGGCUUUACAGUGUAAAGAGAAUCUAGAAGGUCUUCAGGCGGUGGUGCAGGAACGGUUGACAGAGUUACUCCGCAUCCUCAAGACUGUCAUCGGCAAACACCCGACGCUCAACUCUGUGGACAUCCUCGGAGCGGCUGGAACGGUCAUAGCCAAAGUCAAAGGCGUUAACUUCAAGGAAUUGGACCCAGAAAACACAACGGCUAUAUUUAGCGAGAUACACACAUCCAUCGACACUUUGGCAUUCACAUUCGGCAAUGUAGUUUCUGACUUCCUUAUGGGAGAUGUGGACAAUGGCUCAGGGUUGGGGGUCCCCCAGACCAGGAGAAGCAGGUCUUUUGACAACCUCUCUGUGGGUCCUGAGGGAUACGUUUCAGAGAAAAGUGACCUUGUGGGCCCUGAGGUGCCGUUGUCACGGGAGGAAGAAGUCGACCUGACCCUGCUGAAGAAUGACGGCGGGGUGGAGUCUGCUCUGCUCUAUGCUAAGGCCUGGUCCAAGUACAUUAAAGACAUUCUAUCAUGGAUGGAGAAACGACUGGCUUUGGACAUUGAGUAUGCCAAAAAUUAUGCCAAAAUGGCUGACUCUGCAAAGACACUGGCCAGUCAACAGGAUUACAUGCCUUUCAGCGAUAUCUACGUCUCUACAUUCAAGAACGACAUUGAGUACACACAGCUGCUUAUUCAAACUGCGACGGCUCUUCAAACUAACAAAUUUAUACAGCCUCUUCUGGCCCGCAAACACGAGCUGGACAAGUCGAGGAAAGACCUCAAGGAGCGGUGGCAGAGGGAGCAAAAGAAAAUGCAAGAGGCAGAUAUAACCUUGCGUAAGGCACAAGCGUUGAAGGCGCAGAGGAGAGAGGAGUACCAGAGAGCUCACUCAUCUACCAGCCGCUCCCAGGAGGAGCAGUCUAAUGCUGGUAACAAACAUCUGGAGAAGAAAAGGAAGCUGGAGGAGGAGGCUCUGCAGAAGGCCGAGGAGGCCCAGGAACAGUACCAGAGCUGUAUGGCUGACGCAGGCGUCAGGAGGAACGAUCUAGCCAACGCCAAGAGCACCAUCCUCACACAGAUCCGAGAGAUGAUCUUCCAGUGUGACCUCACGCUCAAGGCUGUGACAGUCAAUUGGUUUCAGAUGCAGCAGGCGCAGACCAUGUCACUUCCUGCCCACCACCAGGCCCUCAGUGAGAGUGCCAAGUUAUACGAGCCGGGUGAAUGCUAUGCUGAGUUUGUCCGGAACCUCGCCAAAAAUCUGCCUAAGGAGCGGCUGCACUCAGACUCCAUCUCCUUUGACAACGCCAGGUUUGUUUUCAACAAAAGGUCAGUGGGAAGCACUCACUCCUCCCACGGCAACCUGUCGCAGGCAUCCAUCACCUCAUGUGACGUGCUGAGCGGAGAUGAAGGGGAGAGUACUUUACAACGGGCUACGAAGAUCGGCGAGAGAAGGUCCAACAGCAGCACCGACAUACAAGCCUUGAGAGGUCAUGCCACAAUGAGGGCCUGGGCUUCAUGUAGUCAGGCGAGCCAGGGCGGGAUGUGCAGCGACUCGGAGAGUGCGGGAGGCAGCAGUGAGUCCAGGUCCAUGGACUCCCCCACUGCUAGUCCAGGGGACUUCAAAAGACGGCUGCCAAGGACUCCCUCUACUGGGACUAUGUCCUCUGCAGAUGAUCUGGACGAGAGAGAGCCUCCAUCGCCCUCAGACAACGGUCUCGCAGAGAUGGUGACAGAGACUGCUAGUUCUCCUGGUCCCUUCAGAAAUGCUCAGAUGUCCAAAGCGGCUCAAACCCACAAGCUGAGGAAACUACGAGCUCCUUCCAAGUGCAGAGAGUGUGAUAGUCUGGUGGUUUUCCACGGAGCAGAGUGUGAGGAGUGCUCACUUGCCUGCCACAAGAAGUGUCUGGAAACGCUUGCUAUCCAGUGUGGCCAUAAAAAGCUGCACGGCAGACUACACCUGUUUGGCAUCGACUUCGUUCAAGCAGCCAGGAAUAGUCCAGAUGGUAUCCCUUUUAUCAUCAAGAAGUGCACGUCUGAGAUCGAGAGUCGGGCCCUCAACAUCAAGGGGAUUUAUCGUGUGAAUGGUGCAAAAUCUCGUGUGGAGAAGCUCUGUCAGGCGUUUGAAAACGGGAAGGACUUGGUUGAGUUGUCUGAUCUCUCACCUCAUGACAUCAGCAAUGUCCUCAAGCUGUACCUAAGACAGUUACCUGAGCCAUUGAUCCUGUACCGAUACUACAACGACUUCAUCGGCUUGGCCAAAGAAUGCCAGAGAGUGAUCGUCGAGGAGGCGGAUAAAUCCCAAAGUCCCCAGACAGGAGAGAAAAGAGGGCCGAGCGUCCAGCUCAACAGAGUCAUUUUUAAGAUCAGAGACCUCCUCCACCAGCUGCCCUCAGCCAACUACAAGACUCUGCGCUUCCUUGUAGCUCACCUGAACAGAGUGACCGAGCAGGCCGAGGAGAACAAGAUGACGGCAAGUAACCUGGGAAUCAUCUUUGGCCCCACCCUGGUCAAGCCACGGCAGACAGACGCAGAGGUGUCACUGUCCUCCCUGGUGGACUACCCCUACCAGGCCCUGAUGGUGGAGCUGCUGGUUCGACACUUCAAAACGGUCUUUGACGGAUCACAUCUGUCCUGCUCCAACAACACUGGCCAGGCGUCCCCCAGACUCACCCCCCAAGAGAAGCUACAGCGGCUCAGCAGGCACUCUGCCUCCCUGACCGAUAUGAAAGAGAAUGCAAAGGUGUACAAAAGAUUCUCAUCAGUGAUCCCGUCCUCACACAUCCUGAAUGAGGUCCAGGAGGUCCAGCCAGGAGCGGACAGAAUGGACGGCGGCACUCUGGACGGACUCAACGGGAUCCAGACAUCUAGCGCAGCAGAAGUCCAGAGGUCGACCUUAGUGUUUGGCCGUCCCAGCACUACCGACCCCCCCACCACCACCACCACCACCGUGGCACCAAAGGUCCAACUACGCACCCAGCGCUCCAGACAUGUGUCUCGACCGAUCAGCAUGCCGCUGGAGCGCCUGCCCACCCCUGCCCAGAUCUGCGAGAGGAAUAAUUGUAAUACUGCUGCUAAUGCUGAAACAAGCUCAGCUGAGCAGAACACAGUCUCUGAAACUAUACAGGAGAUACCAGAGCUGGAAAAGGCUCGCCAAAGUGGCUCAUCGAGGGUGAGCACGUAUUACAUCACCCCUUUCAUCGACACACAGACAAUGCAGAGGAGGACGUGGGACAGAAAGUACAAGCACUAUGAUGUCACACCCAGGACUGCUAUGAUUGUGGCCAACCUGCCUCCUGCCAGCAGCGGAGCGCAACCUGUAAAGGCUACGAUGCCCGUCAGUGUUAGCUCGGCAGUUACCACUGUUUCUGUGGUUCCUACAACUAGCAGUGUGAGCACCAUCUUCUCCAACAGCCCGUACACGGUGACAGUAAAACCUGUCUGGACUUCUAAAAGGGAAAAUGAGACAGACAAAUCAGCCAGUGGGUCGAGCAGCUCACCACACCUCCCGCUAACACUCAGGGCACCGAGGACUCUGCAGCCCCCUCCUGGAACUUUCUACAAACCUCCUGUUAGCCUUAACAGCCGAGCUAGGACACUUCCAAACUGGACUACUACUAUCACCACCAUCACCACCACCACCUCCAACGCCUCCUCUCUCACUCCCACCAACCCUGCAGAGGGAGUUACCACACCUCCUACUGUAACAAGCUCCCCACAUGCACCCAGGCUCCAGAGACAGGACUCCACCGACAGCACCACUGAACUCAAGGUGUCGACCUCCGAUACACUCUCGCCCCCCCAGUCCCCUCCCCCCAGCAGCCCGGACGACCUCAGCCCCGGUGACAAUAAACCCGUCUACCAAAGACUGCGACCUCGGCGGUUGCAGGAGCUGGAGCACAGAGAAGCUCAUUUUGUCUGACGCCAAAAAAUAUCUGUAAAUAUUUAUGAGUUAAUCUGUGCCAUAGUGUAUACUUGGGAUAACAUUUUUUUAUCAUACGAGCCGAAGAGAGGGAGAAAAUGUAAGCCUGUGAAAAUAAACCAUGAAAGUGUUAUAAGUACUAAUAUAUUGUAUUUUAAAUGUUUAAGUCAGAAAUACAACAGUGGUUGGUGUCAGCGUUCAAAACAAGUCGAAGCUAAAGAGAUGCCAACAUUGAACGUUGAAGUGUUGUUUUUUUUUAAUAACAAAUACUAUGUAAUACAAAGAAAAGUUGCCAACCACCAAUUGACAUUUGUCUGUAAAGAAUAUUAAGCCUAUCGUUUCUUUGUUUGACUUGAACAGUUCAUGUACAAAGUAUCAUUUGUCACCAAAUUGUCUUUUAUUGUAAUUACACAAUGCACUUAAUGCAGUUUCAAAAUCCUGUCUUUUCCGCAAAUGUUAAGAAGUUUUUAUUCCACGAGCAAAAGGAAGAAGUAUUUCAAAACAAAGGUUCUCGAUUUGAAAAGAGUUCGACAUGUUGACUCUUAAAUGUGUCCCUUGUAGUCUGUGAUUGGUACAAGUUGUCUCAGUAUGUAAACCUUCUGCAUCUGUAAACCUUUUUAUAUAAAAUCAUACAUACUGCAUGUUGUCACGUUAACGCUGACUCAUUGUGAUUAUUGUUGUGACUAUUCAGAAGACAUGCAGCUGUUCUCGCUGCUAAUUAAAAUACGUAGUAAAAAUGUAA